CAACUGGACUCCAAAUUACCCAAAUUGCAAUUUGAGUUUCUUCGGCGCUGACACCACUUCCCGGAGCUGCGAACUCUGUCUUCCGGCGACGAAAUUGAAUCGGCUGAUGGAUCGACAAGCUCCUGAUUAUGCAGCUGCUAUGGCAUUUUCUCAACAGCAGCACCAAGCGGCAAACACUCAACAGCAACAGCAGUUUGGUUUUCAUCCGCAACACCAACAAUUUCCUCCUUCAAUUCAUGGUCCUCCAUUUCUAGCCCCGCACUCUUCUCUUCAACAGUUCCCUUACCCUCGCCCUAUGCAGCAACCACAACUCCAUCCUCAUACACCCCCUCCGCAUCUUCUUCACCUUCAGCAGCAACAGCAACCGCCUCCUGCUUUUCCACCACACAUGGCUCCUCACCUUGCUCCAUCACCUUUCUUCAAUCCGUAUGAUACUCCCCCGCCUCCUGCUCCUCCACCAUCUGAUCCUGAACUCCUAAAGCGUAUUGAUAAAUUAAUUGAAUAUGCUGUCAAGAAUGGUCCUGAUUUUGAAGCCAUGAUUCGAGAAAAGCAGCAAGAUAAUCCUGCUUACAGUUUCCUCUUUGGUGGUGAAGGCCAUUAUUACUAUCGCUAUAAGCUAUGGAUGGCUACUCGGCCCCCUGGUGGGCCUUUCAAUCCUUCUUUCCCAUCCUCUUCUUUGCCUAUGAUGCAUCCACCAAAUCCUAUGAUGAGUCCAUCACCCUUAACUCCUCCAUAUAAUGCCUCCAAUGCUUCUGCUGCAAUGUCGGGUCCACACCAUUUGCAUCGACCCCCUUUCCCACCAUUUUAUGAUCAGCAUCACUCUCAGCCAUUUAGCCGAGCAGAUCAUGAUCAUUCAUAUGGGUCUUUCAAAGGUCUAUCUAGGCCUCUUCCAUCAGAUGUUGAAAUGGAGCUGAGUAAUGUUCUGAAUAGUCUUACUGGUACAAAAGAGUCAAUUAAAGGUGCCAAGAGUUGGUUUAUGCAGAGAUCUCCAUUUGUACCUGCUUUGGCUGAGGCACUCAGAGACAGGGUAUAUUCUGUAGAUGAUUCUGAGAGGCAACUGCAUAUAAUCUAUCUUGCCAAUGACAUCUUAUUUGAUAGGUAACAUUUCAUAUCUAGGUGCUUA